AUGGGAACCAGGCCACCUCCUCUCCCCAGACAAACCACACAUUCAGAGGCCUCCCAGGGUCCCCUCCCCCUGGAUAAACCAGACCAGCUGCCCCCCACCCUCCUCCAGGGUAGAAAAGGGGAGUCUGCUGUUUGGAAUGCUCAGGCCCAAGCGCCAAGCCUCCCACCCCCCAGCUUAGGGCCCCCGUCCCCCGCGUGGCCACACCGCAAUGCCGGAGGGACUCAGGAGCCCCUGAGACUUGAGGGCGGGAGCCUGGGAAACGCGUGGAGAGCGGAGGGCAGCUCAGUGAGCCUGCGACAGCCCAGCCGGGGGAAGCGCAGGGACAGCGACGCCAGCCUGCUGAGCAGCGGGUAUUCGGGGGAUGAGGAGAGCAGUGAGGUCAGUCUGGCAGGCCGGAGACCCCGCGUGAGGCAGCGCCGCAGUCUCAAAACCCAGACGCACAGCGCCCAGACCAGCCAGCCAGCAGCCACCCACUGUCCCAGCCAGAUAAGGAGCCCCCUGGUCGGCCAGGCACCUGGAGCAGAGCAGACUGGAGGGGAAAAGUGAGCUGAGCCUGCCCGGCAGCGGCAGCGGCAGCGGGGCCAGCAGCCUGACCAGCGUGAGCUUCAUCAGCCUGGGCAGCAGCACCCUCAACUACCAGGUCAGCAGCGGGCUGGUCAGUUCCGCCGGCAGCCUCCUCUCCAGCCAGGCCAGCAGCUGUCAGGGUGCCCCGGGGGACGGCACUGUGCAAAGUGGGGUGCAGAGUAACACCAAUCUGCAGGAGGGCGACGCUGGAGACAAGGGCAAAGCCAGCGACCCAGGCUGGGGGCAAGGCCAAGGCCAGGCCACCGCGGGCCAGCAGCCUGGCCAGAUGUGCGUGCCUUUAUGAGAAACCAGCCACUAAGUUCUUAAAGAAUAAAUACAGACAGGAAUCUCCAGCAACGCUAGACUUUACCCAGAGUGGUUACGGCCAAAGCAAAGCGUGUCUGAACCUUGGGUGGAGUGUCCCGUUUGUAGCUAAUGACUGACAGCAGCAGGGUCACAAGUAGCAAGAACUGUUGAAGAUAAGCACCACCUGCAGUGACCAUCAGCAAUCAGUGUAAGACCGUCUAUCGUGAGAAACCUUAUUGAGAAGAACAAUGUCAAGGUCCCUCGAGGCUGGGUCUACUCUUCCUGGCUGAUACCACCGUGAGCCCCCACGACCAGCCGUCUAACAGGACCCAUCAAUGGCAACACCAUGAACCAUCAUGGCGGGCUCGCCGGCCAGAACUUGUUCGCGUGGACAACUGUGAUGGGCAGCAAAUACCAUCUCUAGUUAGAAGCAUCUGACGUUAGAACCUCCCACGAAGGCACCAUGCUAAGUGAUGAGCACCAUCUGCGGGUAAUGCCAACAGUAGAGAGCUCGGGAGGGGCAAGCACCAGCCGCAGCUGGCACUGUCCACGUUGGGAGCCAGCCGAAGGGAGCAUCAUCGACGGGGAACCACAGCCCUGGAAAGAGGGGUCCGUACCAAGCUCUAUGAGACGUGCUGCCUGCAAGAGCCAGAGAGGCUGCCGACGGGGCUCCCCGAUGCCCGUCCCUGCUCGACGUGCAUCUCCGAGGAGGUAGAGACAAGAAAGGAGCCCGGGAGCCAUCUUGGUUGAGAUGGUUGGGAUUGUUUCCUACGGCAGGACAAAGCCACGAUCGAUGCUGAACGGCGGCAGAGACCAGCCCAGCCGUGCUUGGCUGGGCUGAGACAGCUCUGGGCCAUUCGGCGAACAUCUCCUAUGUGGUUGGGGCCUGACGACUGUCACCUGCCCCCUCUCGGGACAAUAAAGCCCUUCCCGGGGGGUUGACGGCACAGACCCGGGGGAGUGAGCGUGUCCGUUAAGGGGCGGAGGGCAGACAGUCAAGAAGACAUCCACUAGGGACCAGAAGGAAAGCAGAGGGGGCACCAAACACAAUAAAAGGUGUGUGGAGAGGCUGAAA